AUGUCGGUCGCGGCAAAGAUGUCAGAGAGCGGCCCCCAAGAACGGGUGGACGUUCUGACUCCAUCAUCGCUACCAUCGACCACCUCCCCGGCGGAACAGAGUUCAUACGUGUCAGACACACUUCUGGCAGAACUCGCAGAUAAUACUAUCCAACCGUCGCCAGGCCAGACUCUUCUGCAAGCGCUCGGCUCCCACCAACUGCGAGGAACCACGACUGACUUCCCACAAUCGCUAAAUAGAGAAGUCAGCCAGCUGGAGACCGACGUGACUCAGGGAUGGAGCCCGAGCUCAGACUCACCAUUCGCCAUGCCCGCUCCGGCUCUCGCCACGACCGAUGAGGAGCUUCGUCCUCAGGUCCGUUAUAACGGGUCGAAGAAGUGCUCCCUACCGCCAGUCCAAGGCGGCCUCUUCCUGUUGCAGGAAUUCUUGGUGGAUUUCAAUGCGGCCCUUCCACUCUUCGACCCUGCCGUUAUCACAUCCCUGUUUCAGGACUGUUAUAACGGAAGAGCCAACGGCAAACCAAUCGAGUGGGUCGCACUCAAGGUGGUGCUAGGGAUUGCACACCGCUUGCGUGCUAUGAGUCCGUUAGGGGUCCCGCAAGACACCGAGAAUGCAGAAAUCUAUCUGCAAGAAUCCCUCGACACGGUCCCUGAACUGCUGGUGCUGCGACCCUCUUUGCUUCUGGCCCAAUGUUUUGUCGGCUUGGCUGUGGUGAUCUCCACCUCCUCACGACCGUAUCCGGCCCAGAUGUUUGUCUCCCUGGCCCUGCGUGUCGUCCAGGAUCUCCGGGUCAAUGAUCCCGAAAGAGUUGAACCAAUUAACCCCGCGGAGCGAGUCCAGCAACAACGCGUUUUCUGGCUGGCUUACUUUAUGGAAGUAGACAUGAGCCUGAGGGCCGGCAGACUACCCCAUUUACCACCAAGACUGAUCAAUGUCGAAUUGCCGAGAGAUGGUGAGCCAGACGGUGUAGGGGAAAUCACUGCCGCUGGUGGAGAAUUUAAGGUCAAUAUCUUCCGACUUCAUGUGGAGCUUGCUUUGCUCCAGGCCGAAUUUGGGGAGCAACUUUCGCUUCCACGUCCAGCUCAAAAGUCGGAUGGUGCAGGCAACGUCGAGUUGCGUGCAAUCAACUCACGGCUGGAGGAGUGGCGGCGCAAUUGGAUCUUCGAGCUUGACGCCGAACAUCUGCGCGCGUCUCUGCAUCGCUCGGAUCUGGUUCAUGUUGUCGUGCUCGAGUCGACGUAUUUUUCCACUGUGUACGCCUUUUGGGCCGAUAUUCUGCCAGCGCCACGCACAAGCCACAAUGCAUUCUCAGCCCAAGGACUGAUCGAGGGGAUGUCGAAACAAAAAGCGCAAAUUUUGCACAAGGACGCCCGGAGAUUCAUCGACCUUCUGAGGUUGAUUCCGGGCGACGACAUUGCAAGCAAUUGGUUAUCGCUGGAAACCAUUGUCUCGGCCCUAGUUGUCAUCCUUGCCCACAUCAUAUUCAACCCGCUCGACGAAAGCUCGGUAUCAGAUUUUGGUGUGUCGAGACAUAUGCUACAAAUCCUGCAUCGCUUGAGCAAUAUCAGCAAAGAUGACGGACUGGUUGCGAUUCAGAAUUUAUGUGUGGAUCUAUAUCUGAGGGCGGAGAGAGCAUUGCAGGGAGACAAAGCGCUGCGCCGGUAA